CAGGUUUGGUCCGACCGGACCCCAACACAGUCUGAAGUGUCAGAUAGUCUUGUUAACACGUGAGAUAUUCAGUGUAUGGAAGAGAGUGAAAGAAAGGGAAACCGGGAGACAGAGGGCUGCUAAAUAACACGGAAGAUAAGUUUUGAGAGGGAGAGAGAGAGGGAGAGAGAGAGAGAGGGAGCUGGACUUGGAGGAAACUGCGGAGGACCUAAUGAGGGAAUGCCGAAAAGGAGAGCAGACAUACGGCCAGAGCACCAGACAUGAGUCCGAGAUAUCUGUUGUUGCAGGUGGCGGACUGAAGACGAUGCUGGAUGCCAUGGACGUUCCAAGUCAUGCUAGGGAUCUCCUCCUGCAGCUCAACAGCCAACGAACCAAAGGCUUCCUGUGUGAUGUUAUCAUCGUGGUGCAGAACGCCCUCUUCAGAGCUCACAAGAACAUUCUGGCUGCCAGCAGCCUCUACUUGAAAUCGUUGGUGGUCCAUGACAAUCUCAUCAACCUCGACCACGAGAUGGUGAGUCCAGGGGUCUUCAGGGUCAUUCUGGACUACAUCUACACAGGCCGCCUUAGUGAGGGAGACCCCACUUGCCCCACUGAACCCAAUCUAGGGGCCGUCUUGGCGGCAGCCAGCUACCUUCAGCUGCUCGACUUAGUGGCGCUGUGCAAAAAGAAGCUGAAAAGAAAUGGCAAGUACCCUCCCCGCCCAGGUCCUGCAUUUCUGCCCUACCCAAAGAUGGGGCCCAAUAAUAUGGGUUUAGGGAGUGGUGGCAGGUAUAGGAUUUCGACUCCUGUCAUUCAGUCUUGCCCUCCAGGAGGAAUUUUAAAUAACAAUGCCACCCGAGCAUCACCACUAGAGGAGCUAGUUCCCCAUAGACUAGCCGUUCACGCUGCGGAACUGUAUGCUCCCACCUCCAUCCAGGGCUCUCAGGUGUUCCCGGUCCUCCAGUCAGCUCUGCCUGCCCAUAUUGGGCGCUCAGCCCACCCUGAGAGGAACUGCUCCCCCAGCUAUGGCCUUGAUCUCUCCAAGAAAAGCCCCAACUCCCAGUCUCAGCACACACCCUCUCAGUCCCAUCUGGCGAACGCUCACAACGAUGAGGAGCGAGACGGGUCUCUGAGCGGACGCACUAGUCCCACGCAGGGGACGAACGGAAGGGCCUUCCCCUCCGAAAAAAUGGAGUCGACUGACCAGGCAAGCUCCCUCACUCCUCCACCAUUCCUCCAUCACAACCAGCCUCUUGGCCCGCACCUCCCCCACCUGCACCGCUCAGGCUCCCAGGGACGAGAUCGCUACCUGUGCCCCCCCAGCCCUGACACCCCCACAGAGGGUGGAGAGGCAGGCAGAGACAUGGGAAACAUCUACCGCUGGGUGAAACACGAGCCACUGUCGUACACAGCUGAAGACGAAGAUGAGGAGGAGGACGAGGAAGAAGCGGGGGAAAACGGAGAACAGCAUCAUAACCACCACAAGGCCGGGGAGGAGAGCGAAGGAGCCGACGACAAGAGCGGGUCGGGCACAGAGGAGACGGGCAGCAGUGAAGGCCGCCCGUCCCCUUCUGGACCAAUGGGGAGGUUCCACAUGCCGUAUGAGCCGGAGAGCUUCGGGGACAAUCUGUAUGUCUGCAUUCCCUGCGACAAAGGCUUUCCGAGCUCAGAGCAGCUCAACGCACACGUGGAGACACACACGGAAGAACAGCUGGACGGCAACUCCGGUGGGGAGAUGGGAAACGGCAAUAACGGCAGCACCAAAAACAUGAGCAGUAAUACAAACGGUUACGGGAGUCUGAACAGCUGCAACAGUUUGAACAGUCUGUCCCACCUGGAGACCAAGUCCAGCCAGGGGCUGGGCUCGGGGGGCAUCGGGGAGAUGAUCCGACCCUACCGCUGUUCCUCCUGUGAGAAGUCCUACAAAGAUCCAGCCACUUUGCGCCAGCAUGAGAAGACCCACUGGCUGACCCGGCCUUACCCCUGCAGCAUCUGUGGCAAGAAGUUCACGCAGCGCGGCACCAUGACGCGCCACAUGCGUAGCCACCUGGGCCUUAAACCUUUUGCCUGCGACUCCUGUGGCAUGCGCUUCACCCGCCAGUAUCGCCUAACCGAGCACAUGCGCAUCCACUCAGGGGAGAAGCCCUACGAAUGUCAGGUGUGCGGAGGGAAGUUCGCUCAGCAGCGCAACCUCAUCAGCCACAUGAAGAUGCACAGCAGUGGCGGGAGUGCAGGGGGCCUGACCGCGGAUGGGAAACUGAAGCUGGACUUUGCCGAGGGCAUCUACCCUCUGAGUAAAUAUGCGGCAGAGCAUCUGGGGCUGAAGCAGGAGAAGGCCAAUGAGCUUCUCAUCCAAGCCCAGCAGCAACUGGUAGCUGAUGCGAAGGUCAUGGAAAGCCUCUACCCGCUGUCCAAACUGGCCUCAGAGCACCUGGGCCUCGCCCACGACAAGAUGGAUGUCCUGGGCCAACCCCUCCCCCCUCCUCCACAGGCCCUCUCUGAAGCCCGCACCAUUGACCGCUACUCACCCAGCUAAGACCACAUGACCUGUAUAAAUGGCAGUCACCAAUCGAUCUGUGCACACAUAACUUGCAGUAUUCUAAAGCCAUUCACCUCAACAUAAUAUCUCCUCUGCGCCUCAGACUCAGGCCAGGAGGAAUUGGCCUGCUCAUGCACACCAAAAAAGGUGUAGACUCUAAAGUGCCUUUAUAUGCAUCUAAUGUAUCUUAAAGUCCUCCUUCAUAAAGGAGCUCUGUGCUAUUCCGUGACCAAGAGACACUCACUCAAAGAAGUCCUGUAUUUAUGUACAGUGUAUGCAAACAAACUUAAAAAAAAGAAAGAAAAUUACAGCCAUUGAGCCAAAGUGACAAAUUGAAAACCAAAAUGAAAUUGUUUUAUUUAUUUUUGUAUUUUGGUGAAAUCCAAAGAGAAACUGUUGCAAGGAAAUGUUGCAAUCUGACCCUAAACCUGUGUACUAUUAAGUAUCAUCAGUGUACAAGUAAAUGAAAAAGCACAUAAGGACAAGAUUCAGGGUUUGAGUCCAGACCUGAGCGGAACUUUUACCAAAUGAAUAAGCCAACUCUUCUGGACUUUAAAGUAAUGGGAGGAUAUUUUUCUUCUUUUUUUUCCCCUUCUUCUUUUUUCUUUGGGGUACUGGAUCAUGUAUGUAUCCCAGCUUCUCCAAAUCCUGCUCCUGCUUCCCAAGUUGCAAAGGGAAUCGGUAAAGUCUCCUCUGUUUUAUUUUCUCCACUACUUUUUUUUUUUUUUUUAAAGUAACCCACUACCCCACAUAUUUGUGCGGAUAAAUACUCAUGCUAUGUGACAGUAAUGGUAGCUUAAUCAGCCUUACACGCAGCGUGUAACCCUUCUUGACCUAAAACUUUCAUUCUGACUAUCAUCCCUUUAGCUUACAGUUGUUAUUGAGAUGCAAUAAGCAAAGCCCUGUGAUCUCAUAACUGGACACGAUUGCACAUACCCAACUGAUGACACACUAAUCCCUGUUCACGAGGAGCGUAGCUUCAUCUCGCUGCGUAGACGAAGCGUGGGUGUUGCCUCUGACAUCGUGUAAUAUUUACAAUUAUGGAUGCGGCCGAGCAGAGAGGCAGGGACGAGGUCAGAACGGAUGGCACAGAAAUCUGUCAUUUACUUUCAACAGCAAUUACUCUAUUCACAGCAGCCUGAUGAUUCAUCGUGUAGCGACGGUAGUCGGAUGCCGCAGCUCCGCUGUCCCACCUCUCAUUUGUCCUCCCUCCCCUGUAGUCUGUUGUCUGGGAGCCCUGCUACUGUUGACAGGCCAAAGUGAGUGCUGUACUCAGCCCUUUGCCUUAAAAGCGCUUCACUCCACUCCACUCGCCCCCACACACAUACACACUCCCUCCCCCUCCGCAGACACAUAGCGAGCUGCUAAUCUGUCCGCGAUAUGAACAUAAGAAGGGGUUUGUGGGUCGUCCCAGGAAGCCACCGGGGGCGAACAGCGCACCCCAGCUGCCGUGCCUCAGUAAUCCCUGUGAAAUCUCACUUUCUCCCGGACAAUUCCCACCGCUCGCCGGCAUGAUGUCCCAUUUCAUGCCUGCCAUCUUACCCCUCUGAUCCACUUAUUAACAUUGUAUCCGAAACCGAGCGAACGUCUCCCUGCCCAGCCUCCCUUUCCCGCUUGUAUCAAACGUGAAAACAAAGAAUGACAUAUUUCUGUGUUGGCUGACCAGCAGUUCCUCCAGCUUGAAAACAAAAGAGCACUUAAAAAGGUUGCGGGUUGACGGCACAUUUUUGUCUUUCAAAUGUUUAUUCCAAAGAACGUGCUGGCCUUUGGUUUUCUUUAACCACUUUUACUGGUCCUUGAUUCAGAUUAGGAAUGUCUGACCACUAUAGUGCCAAUGCCAACCUCAGUGGGUGAAUGUGAAGCCUAAAGCCAUAAAUACACUGUGAUAGAGGUAGUGAAUCCUAAAGGCUUAAAAAAAACAGAGACAAUGUGCCUGACUUUUGGGAUUGUUAUUCUUUAAAUGUAACAAUAAUUUAAGGGCUUCUUCUCUGUAGCAUAUGAUCAUAUCAAACAUGUUGUUUUCUGUCACUUUUUUUUAUUUGAACUGAAAGCUACGCACGAGAAACUGGUGCUUACCUCAGGACUGAACCCAGCAUGGGGACGCUAAGCUUUACUAAACCUUCCAAUUACAAUGUCAACACACACACUUACACAGACACCCAUGCACACACUCACACACACUUUUUUUAUUUUCUUAUCAACAGGGCUCAGUGUUCCUGUGUUAAACCUGUGGUUCUUUUUUCUGUGUUUAUACAUUUCUUGUUUUAUGGUGAAGAGAUAACAUGUGAUAUUAACAUUUUCUUUGUUUUUAUUUUGUACUAUGCGGUAUACAUUUUCUAUUGUGCUGUCCUCAAAGAGGCUUGUGCUGGUAUGACCAAUUCCAAUUGUUAUAACAUAAGGCAAAGUCAUUUUGGUCGCAUCUUAACUGGCUGUUUGUGAAUUUCUGAACCACACUUUAGCGAGCAUGAUGGAUUUGAUCUUUGGUUUCAACCACACAGAAUAUUCUCAGUAUUUCCCUAAACAGGGGAACAUUGGCUUUACAGGGCAAGUAUGAAAAGUAGCCUCAUAUUUCUCCAGAGGUUAGUGAACUUUCAAUGACGAGAGCCAGACUGAGGCCGUAUUACAUGCACACAAACACACAGGAAGCCAGCUUGUUUUGGAUGAUGCUCUUUUGGGACUCUUUUGUCAAGCUGUGUAACAAAAAAAAAAGAAAAAGAAAUGAUAGGCUAAAUGAAACCUUAUUUACAAGCAAGUGCAUACGUGUUCAAAAUAUACAGCAGGCGGAUGUCAGUCGUGGGACUUUCAGUCCCCUCGCUCUUUCUCAUUCACUCGUUUAAAUGAAAAUCUGUCUCCUCCUUUUCCCUGCCUUACACCAUUAAAAUAACACACAGUGUUUCCACUGUCACUCCAAAUCUGUGCAGGAGGGAAGAGCAAGAUAAUGGCUGAACAUUUCUGUAGGAUGUGCACAGUUUAAAAUGUGCUUGAUUGCAUUAAUGUGUAUGACAGACAGAGGGGGGAGGAGGGUUGGGUAUCUAUAGAAAAGGGAAGCGUUUGCUUGUCUGUUUGUACGUCCCUGUGCCAUUAAGGGCCGUUAAUGCAUGUCCUGGGAAUAGGGUUGGUGUGAAGGAGAAGAGCUGAGGAGCUGAGGAGCAGGAAGUGAACUUUUUGGCUGGUGCGUUGUGUUGAGCAGGAUGUGCCGUGUGCUUCUGCUCAGAGGCAGAUAGAGAGACGGAGAAUGGGGAGGGAGAGGAGCAGGGAGAGCGCAGCAGGGUGGACGCGAGCCAUUGUCUCAGUAUGAAAGCCUGUUCGUACUUCUAAAACUCUCCAUUCAGAAAACAAGUUGACUGUAUCUUCUCUUUUCCUUCCCCUUUUUUUUUUGCUCUUUGGGAAUAGACCUCUGCUCAGUAUCACGGUGACGCGACAUUGUGGGCUUUCCAAGGGCUGCACGGCGAGGAAGCCAUUCGGACAUUUUGUUACAAUUUGGGGAUGUUUUUUUCUUUUUUUUUUUUUUUUUUUUUAUUGGGGCAGCGCUGAUCAAUAUGAAGGGCCUAGAAACUGUAAUGUAAUUCAUAAUUUAGAAAAUGGCAGUAUUUUUAUUGCUCUGUGGUUGAUUCAAUUAGUAAAAUUACGAGAGUCUUGUUUCAAUUUGCUGGUGUAGCCACUUGCCCCAUGGGGGUUUUAUGCCAUAAUGCCUUUGUUAACGUUAUUUAUAGGACACACCCGCCCAGAAAACCUCUCAUUGCCACCAAAGUGGUUUUGAUGAAGAUGUUUAGUAAAGUAAUAAACUCAGGCAUUCGAAACAAUUUAUUAGUUACAUCAAUUGAUAUAAUGAAAAUGAACGAAUGCAAACAUAAAUGAGUGCAGCAAGACAAACCACCAACUAUGAGAUGUGGGUUGAUCAUUUUAUUUUAUUUUUUAGGCCACUUCAUUCCUUUCUAAUGUUCUUAUGGCAACCAUCCCAGGCCCGUAACUUUUGCAACACUAACAGUAUACAAGUAAAAAAUGUCUGGAUGAGUUCCAGUGGCCCCGUGUAGACCAAAAAAGGUUUUAGGUUUAACGUUGAAAAAUGUAAAGCAUGUCUUAAAGCUUUCUACCAGCAGCAGCGGGCCGAGGUCACCUAUGUGACUUUGACAGGCUGUCACAUAGGUCACACCGCUGUUUGACAUUUAUUGGGUUUCCCGAUGUGUGCCAAAAAGACUGAAGCACUUUUUUUUGUAGUUUUGGUCGAGCUAAGCUUCUGACCAACUUUGACUUUGCCUUAAAAAGCCACUAUCUAAGUGGCUAAUCUUGAGAGCACAGCGCAAACAUGCCACUAUUGUCCAGUGUACAUAUUUUAUUUUUUUAUGGGGACUCAUGUUCAAAUGUAAGCUAGAGCCAAAUAAUAUCAAUAAUCAAAGCUUUUUUUUGUUGUUUUUUUUGGCAUCGAAACCAAAAACUGCCCCUUAAGUCAACCAAUACAAACGUGUCUUCAAUAUAACAAACGUCGAUUGAUUCUGCUUGUAUGCGUGCGUGUAUGCCUGGGAGUGUGUAGGUGUUCGGAUGUGUCCGCAUAGUGCACCUGUCCGUCUCCAAGUCCGAACGCCGUUCCCACAGCCUCGCAGGGUGAAGUACAGGAGAGAGAUUCCACACUUUCGAGAGUCUUUAUUACAAGCAGCUGCUUUAGAUUUAUUUCCCCCCGAACUGCACUUUUCUGGAAAGAUCAUUGCAUUGUGAUUUUUUUAUUGCUCUUAUGAUUCUCCCCCC